AAGUCUGCCAUUCUGGAACGACAGGCAUCAAUAAAGGGGGCGUUCUGCUGAAGCUGCUGGCCUUCACGGUUUUAGGGCAGGAGCAGAGCUGUCAGCACAGCGGAGAUGCCCACAGGUGCACUAGCUCUCUGCGCACACUGAUCUCGGAAUGCCUCUGCCAAGACGUAGGUCUUCGUUCCUGGGCCAGCCUGCUCAGGCGCCCCAGGCUGAGCGCCCCUCAGGGGCCACCCGGAGGGUGAGCGUGGGCUCGAGCGGGGCCGCGUCUACUUCCAGGAAUCCUGGGGUGUACGUGGGGGUCGCGCCUAUCGGAGGGGCCAGCAGCUUGGGCACCCGGGUUUCCCGCCGAGCCCUGGGGAUCAGCAGCGUGUUCCUGCAGGGUCUGCGCAGCACCACCCCUGUCCUGCUGAGCCAGGGUGUGGACAGGGGCCGUGGGCCCUCUCCCGAGAGCCUGAACUGCUGCCUGCUGGAGUACAUGGAGAAGGUGCGGGCGCUGGAGCAGGUGAACCGCGAGCUGGAGGAGCAGAUAAGGCUCUGUCUAGACAAGAAAGCCUCCAUCGCGGGCAGCUGGGGCUCCCUGAGGCAGGAGUGGGAGGACAUUUACAGGCAGGUAAGUGAUGCCAUCUUGGACAAUGCUCGGCUCAUGCUCCAGACAGAGAAUCUUCAAGCAAAUGCAGAGGAUUUUAAAGACAGAUAUGAAAAUGAGCAGCCAUUCCGCAGAGCAGUGGAAGAUGAAAUUAAUUCCUUGUAUAAAGUGAUUGAUGACGCUAAUUUGACUAAAAUGGACCUGGAAAGUCAGCUAGAGAACAUGAGAGAAGAACUGAUUGAACUGGCAAGGAACCAUGAAGAGGAUGUGAAAGUGCUUUAUAAUGAGCUUGCUGGCAGCCAGUUGGAUGAACCAGAUGCUCCCAUUGAGACAAGCCUGGAUCACAUACUGGAGUACAUUCGAUCCCACUGGGAGAAAGUUAUUGAAAGGAAUCGAGCAGAAACCGAUGCCUACCUGGAAUCUAAGCAGUCUGAGAGCACAAACACCAAACUGAGCAAAGAAGAGGAGAAAGUGGAGUCCCUGAAGAUGGAGUGCAGCGAUUUGGGGUGUAAAAUACAAAGCCUCCAGGCAGAGACAGAAUCCAUGAGAGCCCUGAAGAGGGGUUUAGAGAAUUCCUUACAUGAUGCGAAACACUGGCAUGACAUUGAACUGCAGAACCUGGGCUCUGUGAUCUCCAAGCUGGAGGCUGAACUGGGGGAUGUUGGAGCAGACAUUGAGCAGCAAAAGAAGGACUAUGAUACCUUGUUAAAUAACAAAAUGAGACUAGAACUGGAGAUUGGUACAUACCACGGCAUUCUAGAUGGAGAGGAAAGCAGGUAUCAACCUGAUAAGUGGUCAGGCAUUGGGAGUGCAUCAGAACAGGGAGACAAGCCUGUUAUCCAUUCAUCUGAUGGGUGUGACCCUGAACCUUCAGCAACAGGUUUUCCACAGGAUGACGUAGAGAAGGACAAAUGAGAUGAUAAAGUAAUCGUUAUCUGCAAGAAGGAACUGAUUAUAAAUAAAUCUCUUCUGGUGGAGGGGAUUUAGACUUUCUUUUCAUUUGACAAGAGUAGUAAGAAUGUGGUUUUAAAGAUCUCAGUGUGGCUUCAUUUGAAUACUGUGGACUUGAGUGAAAACCUAAUAAAAUCUAGACUUCAAGCCAAAA